AUGGAGUUCCCUCCUAUGAGCCUAUGGGCAUUUUGGUCAUUUCUCCUUCUCUCUUCCAUUCACCUUCAAUGUUUAUUCGGAUCUCCCUCUCACUUCUCCAACGAAACUGAUCUCCUUGCUCUGCUCCACUUGAAACACCUGAUAACCGACGAUCCUCUCCGUUCCUUGAGCUCUUGGAAUCAUACUCUCCAUUUCUGUUACUGGCAAGGAGUUACAUGCGGUGGUCACCGCCAUCCUCAAAGGGUCACCGCCUUGAACCUCACUGGCCAUAACUUAGUGGGGCCCAUAUCUCCCUUCAUAGGGAAUCUCACCUUCCUCAGGAUAAUCGAUCUCUCAGCCAACUACUUCCACGACACAGUUCCUGAAGAGAUUGGCCGUUUGUUCCGCUUGCGGUAUCUCUAUCUGACAAACAACACAUUCAACGGAGAAAUUCCAGCAAAUCUAACCCACUGUUCAGACCUCCAAGUCCUUUAUCUUUACGGAAAUCAGCUGGCUGGGAGGAUUCCGACUGAGCUUGGCUCUGUGACCAAGCUCACCAGAUUGGCCCUCGGUCACAACAAUCUUACAGGAAGCAUCCCUCCUUCACUUGGAAACCUUUCGUCUCUCACUUACCUUUUUCUCUCAGAAAACAGUCUGGAGGGCAGAAUCCCGGGUGAGCUCAGCCGGCUGGUAAGCUUAGAGGUGCUUGCAAUUGGUUCCAAUAAACUGUCAGGUACGAUUCCUCCCUCGCUGUACAAUCUGUCCUCCAUUAAGAUUUUGGACGUGGGAAGCAACAGAUUGCAUGGAAAUCUUCCACCUAACUUGGGCCUCACUCUUCCUAAUCUCCAAAGUCUUCGCGUAGGAUCAAACCAAUUCACAGGACCAAUACCAGUUUCAUUAUCCAAUGCUUCGGGACUUGUAAUUAUUUACCUUUGUAACAAUAGUUUUAGUGGAUCUGUGCCUCUGAAUUUUGGAAGCCUCAAGGGCCUCUCCCAAUUACGUUUGUGGGGCAAUGAACUUGGAAUUGGGAACGCAAGUGACUUGAGUUUUCUCAUUUCUUUAACCAAUUGCAGUAGUUUACGAGUGCUGCAGCUAGGCAUAAAUAAUCUCAGUGGUGCGUUGCCUGACUCCAUGGCUAAUCUUUCGACCCAACUGACAUGGUUAACUUUGGGAAGUAACAAGAUAUUCGGCAGCAUCCCAUCUGGUAUUCAGAAUCUUAUUGGCUUAACAGUACUGGAUAUGCGGUAUAACUUUCUGACAGGUACAAUUCCCAUGGGUGUUGGGAAGCUUAACAAGGUGGAGGAGCUUGGCUUGAGAGGAAAUGAAUUAUCUGGGCACAUUCCGUCUUCUUUGGGAAACAUCUCCCGAUUGUACCGACUUUCUUUAGAUGGAAACAAGCUAACUGGGAGGGUGCCUUCAAGUCUUGGAAAUUUUCACAAACAACUCUUUUACCGGUAA